ACGUGUAAAAAUUGUUUUGUUUGGGUCCGCUUGAGGCGUUGUUUUGUGUUAAGCAGAUUGUUCGAAUUAAUAUCUAAUUUUUACACUUUUCCCAUUAGAAAUCUAAAAAUGUGAUGAGUGAUUCCGAUGAUACUGAUGUUUUGUUACUAAUUCCGCCGGAUUAUUUUAAUAAGGUCGAAACGGCUUCCGCAAUCCCGAUCGCACAACAUCCCGCCGGAAGUUUUACUUCAUAUAGCGAAUUUGCACGGCUGACAGAGCUGCAGGACACCAGUCGGUGGUCGAUGUCAUAUGUACCUAGUAAUAACGAGUCCCAUUCGGGGAUUCAAUCGUACCGCAGUUCAAUUGCUACAGCAGCCACCAAUCCCAUUGAAGGAUUGAAUAGCGCUGCAGGCAGCUCUUACGGAUAUCAUAAUCUAUACUCUUCAACGCCCCUCAAAGGACCUUCGGAAGCCCAAUCGAAACCGCAACUUUCAAGUAACAACCAGCAUGUGCUCAACGAAAUUGACCAUUUUCUCAAAGUUGGUAACAAUCAAGCUGGCUUACAGCAUGCUCCGGUGGAAGUUGAGAAAAGUCCAAAUAAUUCUAUUAUUGACAUGAAUAACAUUUCCUUGCGGGAGUUUCCUUCUCUCACGGCUAGCGAUUUUCAUAGCUUCAAUAAAACAACCGUGCCGCAGAAACCUCCCCGCAAAGAUCCUCCGGUACCGUCUGUGGUGAGUAAACUGUCGUCGAUUAGCACUCGAACGCCGCUUCUCAGCUUGAGUGAGAUUUGGAACAGUAAUGCGGUCAAUCAAGAAAGCUCCAAGAUACAAGAAGAGCGCUUACGAAGGCAGCACUGUGAGCGUAACAUUCAAGCCCUACAGGCUAGGCUAUUGGAAUACGAACAGAAGAUCGCGGUAGCCAUCGAUGUGGACAAAGAGAAAGAGGGGAUUAUCCUAAAGUUAGAGGAUAAUGCAAUCCGUUUGGAGCGUCGAGUGCGCGAGUUGAAGCAAACACAUGCCGAGAGUAAUGAAAAGCUGUUACAAGAAAAUCUUGAAAUCAAAAACAAAAAUUUAUUUCUUGAAAAAGAACUAUCGGAUACGAUAGCUACCAUCCGGCAGUUGCAAGACCGAAACGAAUGCCUUGAAUCUAAAAUAGAGAGUAUAACAAGUGCAAAUCGAGAUGCGUCUGACGUUCAUAAAAAUCAAUUGAAAGAUCUGGAAAUACGACUUUCCAACAGCAAAGAGAGUGAACGGAAUCUGAAGGAGCAGUUGACUAAACUAAGGAAGUCUAAUGAUCAGCUAAAAGACGAGCUCGAGGUAGAACGAAAGAAGGCGGAAGAAUGUAACAAACUGAGGGCAGAUUUUGCGUCACUGAAAGUCAAAGCGGAAAAUUUAAAUCGUAAACUGAAUGAGUCGAACACUCAAAAUGAAUACUACAAAACACAAAUUCAAGACAUAAAAACUCAAAGUGAGACUCACUUACAGGAAAAAAGGAAUCUGCUGAAAGAGUUAGAUGUACAAAGGCUUUCUCUGAAGAAAUACUACCAGUCACAGCUGGAAGAUGUUGUAGCCGACAAGCUGAAGGAGUUCCAGAAACAGCUGAAGAAUGUCGAGGAACAGCUAAACGAUGAAGCGAAGCGCAAAGAAAGAUUAUUAGCGGAAAGGGCGAUCAAGCAAAUUGAGUUAAUCAAUCAAACUAACGAACAAGAGAUUAAACUUUUGAAUGAAAAAUACAGCGAGCAGGAAUCUCUUUAUCGACUUCAGCUGGCAAAUUCAUCCAAAACUAUCCACGAGUUGGAGGAUAAACUAGCUUCUUAUCAAAAUCGGCGGGCUGACAUUGCCGAGCAGUUGCACUCGAUCAUGGAGACUCAAUGGCAAAAAGCACUUGAUGUGCUCACAUCACCAUCUGCCACGAUCUGCGACCGGGGUAAUCAGCAAACACAGACGUCCCGGUUUAGUAAAUUAUGCGUUGAUCAUAUCGACAAAGAUCAACUGGAUGGUGUUAGAACGCUCAAAAGCGUUGCCGAGAAUGAAACUUUCCAGACACCGAUCAGCAGCCGUCAGCAAAAGUCGACGCGAAGUCCUAGCGAAAGAAGCACCUUGCCAAAAGAUUUACUCCAUAACUACAUCGAGUUGUUGUUGGAGAAAUCACCGAGUGAUUUGAGGGAUUUGGAACAUAUACUGGCAGCCGGUGGUAGGGAAGAAUCUAAAGACUGCAAGGAACGAACGUUGGUAUCGGCUAGCGGGAAGCCACACUCAAUGGACGCAUUCUCGAAUGGUAACUUAAGUAGAACAAUUGGUAAGACCCCACGCCCGUGGAGGUGAAUUUGUGUUAGAUUUUAUUGUAAUAUAUUUUUUUUGAAAUAUAUAGAUUAAAUUAUUUUUUAAAACGA